CAUAUAUGUUUCUUUGAAAUAUUUCAGAAAUUCCGGCGUAUGUAUGAAGACCAAUCUAGUCGUGGUACUCCCAGUGAGAAAGCCCAGUUUGAAUAUGCCAUCUGUCUUGCUCGAAGUAAACCUGAUGUAGAUAUAAAGCAUGGCAUAGCUCUUCUAGAAGAUUUGUUUCAACGAACACAUGACACAGGGACCAAACGAGAUUGUCUGUAUUACCUGGCACUGGCAAAUACUAGAUUAAAGAAUUAUGAAGAUGCGUUAAAGUUUACAAAUUUAUUUUUGAAGAUUGAACCCCAGAAUCACCAAGUGAAAGACAUUCAAAAAUAUGUGAAAACUAAAAUGAGAAAUGAAGGUUUAACGGGUAUGGCAAUAAUUGGAGGAGCUGCUCUGGCGGUCGGAGGACUGAUCGGACUGGCAGUACAUGCGGCAAAGAAAUGAUCAUAUUUAUAUUAGACAUUUUACCUUUAAAGUCAAGUACUGUUUAUAAUAUAAUUAUCAUCUUAUAAGAAAAAUUUGACCCUUUAUCCAUAUCGGCAUUUAAAAUUGAGAAUCAUUCAUCUUAAUGCUAUUGAAAAUUAUUUAUUCAAAAGACAUUUUAAAAUCUCUAGUGAUAGUGGUCAGUUUGGUUCAAAGGGAAUUAAUCAUGAAAUUUUUAUUUACCAAAUCUGUCUUGACUAUAAUGUUUGUUGAAAGUUACUCAUAAAAGGGACAUAAUUAGGUGUGUGUUGUUUGAUUGUUUAUAGUCUUGAAUAUAUAAUAUGUGCAGCAUAAUUGGAAAAAAGGCGUUUUGAACCUAUAAAAUCAGACUUUCACAAAGUUACUGUGAACUUGUGUUUACAUAUGUGUAAUGACUGACUAAUGUGCUAAUGAAAUAUUAAAUAUUUUGAUUAUCUUUUUAACCCUUACCCUGCUUAAUUUCAGUUAUGAACUUGUCCAUCUUUGAAUUUGGACAGCACCAUUAACUUUUAAAAGGGGUGCUUACAAAAAAUAUACUGACUGGAUAGCGAAAAAUGCAGAUCGUGAUCAGACUGCAUGGAUGUGCAGGCUAAUCAUGGUCUACACUUGUCGCAAAGGCAGAAUCAGUUGAGACCAGUAUGAUAAGGGUUAAUUAGAACCAGCUACACAGGUUUAAGUAAAAACUGCUUAAUGAUUUAUUAUGCCAUUAUUUGAAACCGAUAUUACGCAGUAUGUAAAAAAUAAACAUGAUUGUGUGUGUAAAGGUUAGGAUUAAAAUACUAAACGCUAAUAAAUGUAUAAAAUUCUGUAUGAACAAAAAUUUUGUAUCACUAUCCGUAAUCAUGGUGUUGGAUCAGUGUAAGUUAAGCAGAAGCGGAUUGUACAGGCUUUGUGUUGUAGGGGAGGUAACUAUGUUAAUGGCGGCAGCCCUUGCUCCAAACAAGCAGGGCCUCCUCUGCCAUUCGCCAAUGUAACCAAAUGCUACAAGUUCAAAGAAUUGGCUACAAGUUUUUGAAAGUGGUUACAAGAAUUUUAUCAAAAUGUGGCCAAACUUCGGCAAUUCAGCUUCAGUUUGCAGUUCUUUUCUAAAAAAAAAUGGCUACAACUUCUGAGGCCCAGUGGAGGCCCUGCACAAGCCUCUUGUUCUGUUUAACUUGGAAGGGUCCAAAAGAAAACAAUUGAUACAUCCAUAUAGGGAAAUAUUGAUGAUUUAGUAAUAAAUACAUACAGGUAAAUUGUUUUAUUGUAUUGUAUGUAAAUGGUAUUCCUUACCAGCAUGAUAAAACAUUUACUACACUAAGGUUAAUAUACUUGCUGUGCAAGCUGGAAUAUUCAUACCACUUUUUAUGCCCCUGAAGGGAGGCAUAUUAGUUUUCAACUGUCCGUCCGUCCGUUCGUUCGUCACACAAUGUUAACUUUUUGCAUGAAGGCACUUUACUCGCGAACCACUGCACCCAGGACCUUGAAACUUCACAUGCUGAUAGUACUUAUUGAGUACACGACCCCUACUGACUUUGGGGUCACCAGGUCAUAGGUCAAGGUCACCAGGUCAAAGGUCAAAGCACUGCGGGUGGCAUUUGUCACCAUUAAUGACAGCUCUUGUUUUAAAGUUGAUAAGAAUUUUAGUGUAUAUAGAUGUGAACAACCACUUUUACAGAAAUAUAUAAUUGAGUUUUUGACUUAGUUAAGAUUAUCAUCGCUUGAUCUGAUCAUGGAUGAUACAUGUAUUUGCUUUUCUAAGACAUUAUAACACAUUUGUAGUGCCAUGGUUUUCAAAUUUCGGUGUCUUAAUUGUACUUAUGUUAUGGCAGUUUUUAAAUACAGGUUAGCAAAGGUAAUCUGACUUUUAUGUUAUGAAAAAUUAGUCAAUGAGUGUAAACUGAUUUCAUGUCUCUUAUAAUUCAUUUAUUGAAUGACCAAUAACAUGUUAGAUACAUUCGUUAUAUGUAUGCAUAAUUAUUGUGUGCAUUGUGAAAAUUGUAGCAUGUUUAUUUGAUUAGACUAGAAUAAAGACAUGUCAUAAUCUGUCAAUCUAAAUACUUGAAAGCUUCUUUUCAUAAAGGCACUCUCUCAUUCAUAGCAUAUUCUGUCAUUUAUUUCAAAUGAACUCUGAAGAAGUUUCUGAUUGUACACAAAGCAGAAUAGAACAUGAUAAAUGCAAAAUAUACAAUGUAUAUGAACUACAAUGGAAAACUUACCAGAUGGCAAUAUUUAAAAUCCAAUAUGUUUGAAUGGGAUACUAUAUGUGAUAGAUCUAAGACUUUUAAGUUAUUUCUAAACUGAUUUAUUGAUAACUUUAAUUAUUAUAUAGAAAUAAAAUGAAUUAAUUAUGAGCGCUUAACUUACAGUGUUUUUUCUAAAAGUUUGAAGCAUUGUUACGCUGCUAUUAAAAUCAUAUGUCAUUCAAAACGCUUAUUCAUUUUCAAAAGAUAUUUGAAUACGAAAAUAUGAAAAUCGUAAGCAUUUCAAAACUUUGAAUUUUUAAAAUCCAAAAAUGAACAAAAAAGUUAUUAAAAAUUAAAAAUUCCGACCCCAUGUAAAAUAUUUGUUUUGCCCACCACUAGAUAAACAGGUGUUGAUGCGUGAUGUCAGGGCGAUCUCUCCUAUUAGUAUAGGUUAUAGAUCAUUUAUUGAACUUCUAAUGCAAUUAAGUUUGCCGAAACGGAGCGCCUUCUUCAGUCUCUUGGAAUUCAUUGGCUAGUCUUAUCUUCACUCAUGAUGGAGAAGUACAUGUUUACUACAACUUUAUACAAGGUCAUUUUAGUGCCAACAGAACAGCGGUUGAUCCAGUGCUGGAAGAUUUUAAUUUAGUUAUCAUAAAUACAUAGUAGACAACUAAGUCUUAUGGAGUAGUUUGUGGAACACAAUUUUAUAUUCUUAUUCAAUGCAAAUAAAAUAUGCAGGUUUAACUCGUAAUGAUCUAUGUUACUACAAUUUAAGCAACUACAUGUAUAAAUAAAACAAGACAAAGUAGAAUCUAAGUGCAUCCUGGUUUAUUUUUAGCCCACCAUCAUCAGAUGGUGGGCUAUUAAAAUCACUCUGCGUCCGUGGUCCGUCCGUCCGUCAUUCCGUCCGUCCGUCCGUCCGUCCGUUAACAAUUUCUCGUUAUCGCAUCUCCUCAGAAACUACUGGGGGGAUUUUGACCAAACUUUGUCAGAAUGAUGUAUUGGUACCCUAGUUGUGUCCCCCUGAAAAUCAGACUGGUUCAACAAUUUAUGAGUGAGUUAUGGCCCUUUGUUUAUUUCUAUAAUUUAUAUAGAUUUAUAUAGGGAAAAACUUUGAAAACCUUCUUGUCCAAAACCACAGAGCCUAGGGCUUUGAUAUUUGGUAUGAAGCAUCAUCUAGUGGUCCUCUACCAAGAUGAUUCAAAUUAUUUCUCUGGGGUCAAAUAUGGCCCCGCCCUGGGGGUCACAUGGUUUAUAUAGACUUAUAUAGGGAAAAACUUUGAAAAUCUUCUUGUCCAAACCACAAAGCCUAGGGCUUUGAUACUUGUAAUGUAGCAUCAUCUAGUGGUUCUCUACCAAGUUUGUUCAAAUUAUCCUCCUAGGGUUAAAUAUGGCCCCGCCCCAGGGGGUCACAUGGUUCAUAUAGACUUAUAUAGGGAAAAGCUUUUAAAAUGUUCUUGUCAGUAACUACAACAUUCAAACUUGGACCACAUGUAUAUUUUUGAGUGGCAAGAUGAACCUUGACAUGAGUUGACCUUGAUUUUGACCUAGUGACCUACUUUCACAUUUCUGUAGCUACAGCCUUCAAAUUUGGACCACAUGCAUAAUUUUGUGCACUGGAAAAAACUUUGACCUUUAUUUUGACCUAGUGACCUACUUUCACAUUUUUGAAGGUACAGGCAUCAAAUUUGGACCAUAUGCAUAGUUUCAUGUUUCAAAAUGAAAUUUGACAUUGAUUUUGACCUAGUGACCUACUUUCACAUUUCUCAAGCUACAGCCUUCAAAUUUGGACUACAUGCAUAGGUUUGUGUACCGAAAAAAACUUUGACCUUGACAUUGACCUAGUGACCUACUUUCACAUUUUUGAAGGUACAGCCUUCAAAUUUGGACCACUUGCAGAGUUUUGUGUACUGAAAUGACCUUUGACCUUAAGAUUGACCUAGUGACCUACUUUCACAUUUUUAAGGUACAGGCUUCAAAUUUGGACCACAUGCAUAGUUUUGUAUACCGAAAUAAAAUUUGACCUUGAUUUUGACCUAGUGACCUACUUUUACAUUUCUCAAGCUACAGCCUUCAAAUUUGGACCACAUGCAUAGUUUUGUAUACCGAAACAAACUUUGACCUUUACAUUGACCUAGUGACCUACUUUCACAUUUUUGAAGGUACAGGCUUCAAAUUUGGACCACAUGCAGAGUUUUGUAUUCCGAAGUAAAAUUUGACCUGGAUUUUGACCUAGUGACCUACCUUUACAUUUCUCAAGCUACAGCCUUCAAAUUUUGACCACUUGCAUAGUUUCGUGUACCGAAAUGAACUUUGACCUUAAGAUUGACCUAGUGACCUACUUUCACAUUUCUGUAGCUACAGGCUUCAAAUUUAGGACCACAUGCAUAGUUUUGUGUACCGAAACAAACUUUGACCUUGACAUUGACCUAGUGACCUACUUUCACAUUUUUGAAGGUACAGGCUUCAAAUUUGGACCACAUGCAUAGAUUUGUGUUGUGUAAGGAAAUGAAAUUUGACCUUGAGCUAGUCAAUAAGUCUUGAAAUUUGGAACACUCAAAAAUGGCACAUUGGUGGGCGCCAAGAUCACUCUGUGAUCUCUUGUUAGACCAGUAGAGGUACUGAAAGGUGCAGAAAGGUCAAACUUGAACUAUGAAAGUACAGCUGCAUUAAAAUGAAACUAAAAACAUAAUUUGAUAUUUGAGCCGCGCCAUAAGAAAACCAACAUAGUGGGUUUGCGACCAGCAUGGAUCCAGACGUCUGGUCAGGAUCCAUGCUGUUCGCUUUCAAAGCCUACUGGAAUUAGAGAAACUGUUAGCAACAGCAUGGGUCCUGACCAGACUGCGCAGAUGUGCAGGCUGGUCUGGAUCCAUGCUGGUCGCAAACUCACUUCGUUGGUUUUCUCAUGGCACGGCUCAUUUAUCUAUUUGGUCUGUUUAUUACAUAGACACAUUUCUUGUAUGCAGUCCCUGCUUUGGUAAUUGCUCCGCCUCCUAGAAUGUGGGAAAUCCAUAGUAGGCGGAACAAUGAAUACUCAUUAAUUUUAAACUACUUCAUGAUUAAGUGGAUCAGAUUCUUCAGUUAUGAAACAAUAUGAAAAUAAGUUGAUUACUUUUUUGAAAAUCCCUCGCUUGUCAUUGGAUAAAAACGAUGUUUGAACUAUAAGUUUAAUAAGUGUAUCUAUAACCUAUUUAUAGUUUAAACAUCUCAUUUCAUUUAACUGACAGGUCAAAGAAACAAAAAGCUCUCUCUGAAGUAAACUAAACCAUGCCUCCUCAGUCUCUUGGAAUUCAUUGGCUAGUCUUAUCUUCACUAGAAGUACAUGUUUACUACAACUUUAUACAAGGUCAUUUUAGUGCCAUCCUUUAGCAAAACAGCUGGAAGAUUUUAAUUUAGUUUAUAUCAUAAAUACAUAGUAGACGACUAAGUCUUAUCAAGUAGUUUGUGGAACACAAUUUUAUAUUCUUAUUCUCAAUGGAAAUAUGAUAUGCAGGUUUAACUCUAAAUGAUCUAACAGUACAAUUAAAGCAACUACAUGUAUAAAUAAAACAAGACAAAGUAGAAUCUAUUUAAAGUGCACCCUGGUUUUUUUUUAGACCAGUAGAGGAAGUGAAAGGUGCAGAAAGGUCAAACUUGAACUAUGAAAGUACAGCUUGCAUUAAAAUGAAACUAAAAACAUAAUUUGAUAUUUGAGCCGCGCCAUGAGAAAACCAACAUGGUGGCUUUGCGACCAGCAUGGAUCCUGACCAGACUGAAUCUAUGCUGUUCACUUUCAAAGCCUACUGGAAUUAGAGAAACUGUUAGCGAACAGUAUGGAUCCUGACCAGACUGUGCGGAUGCACACUCUGGUCUGGAUCCAUGCUGGUCGCAAACCCACUAUGUUGGUUUUCACAUGGCAUGGCUCAUUUAUCUAUUUGGUCCGUUUAUUUAUAUAUAGACACAUUAUUUCUUGUAUGCAGUCCCAGCUUUGGUAAUUGCUCCACCUCCUAGAAUGUGGGAAAUCCAUAGUAGGCAGAACAAUGAAUACUCAUUAAUUUUGAACUACUUCAUGAUUAAGUGGAUCAGAUUCUUCAAUUAUGAAACAGUAUGAAAAUAAGUUUAUUACUUUUUUGAAAAUCCCUCUCUUGUCAUUGGAUAAAAACGAUGUUUGAACUAUAAUGUGUGAUAUUUAUACUGAAAACUGUCUAUUUCGUAUGUUUUUAGCAAUAAUGUGCUGGCAUUUUUUGGAUAAAAUUGUUUGUUGUCUUCAAUGUUGUAACAUGUAAAUUAAGAAAAAACUUUCAUUUUAAGGUUCAUAAAGUGUUUGGUACAAAAUAUGUAAAUGUUACAAAAAUACGAAAAGCUGUACGGUUGAACUUCUUCUCUCGGACUCGAUGGGAACGGCAGAAUUUGUUCUUAUGGUUUGAGUCAAAGAAAAUUAUACAUUCUAUAGGGAAUUUGCUGGGAUCUGAUGCUGAGUUCCAACAAAGUGUGGCAUUCGAACUAUCAGAGCUGGAGGCAAUGAAGUUCGACUGUAUUUACAACGUAGCAUUCCCUCUAAUAAGCUUCUCCUACUUUCUCCUAAUAAUUUGGUGCUAGAAAAUAAAUAUAUUGAAAUUAUUUUGAAGAAAAAUUAUUUUCUAGGCGUAAAACCAUGAAAUAGAAUUGUAAAUGAAAUGAGGUAACAGAUGACUUACCAUCAUCCUCGAAUGUUAAUGAAAUUUAUAUUUUGUAAUGUGAAAUGAUGCACUACUUUUUUUAAGUAACUCAUAUUAAAGCAGAAACGCUUCUGUAGUAAUAUAUUAUUUUUUUUGCUUAUGAAUGUUUUACAAGAUGUGUGACCUUAAUCUACAGUCAAACCUUUAAUGAGCAGUCAGCCAAGGGAUAGACACAAUGUGGCUGCUUAUUACAGGUAAUUGCUUAAUACAGGUAAUUGCUUAAUACAGUUGGUUGCUUUUGACAGGUGGCUGCUUAUGGCAGGUAAAAAUUGGAAUAACAUAUCAUUUUAGGAAGUUAACUGCCCGGCUGCAUAAGGCAAGUGAUUGUUAAAUAAAGGUCACAACUUAAAUAGGUUCAACUUUGUGUAUGUUAAGGCGGAUUAAUUUAUACUUUAAAUUAUGUUGUUGAUAUGCAAGAAAAAAAUGUAAUAAAAUUUAAUAUAUACUUCA